GGCGCAUUCCGAGCUUCGUGCCGAGCCGGCGGGGCAGACUCGGGCAGCCAGCGUCCCUGGGCGAGGAAGAUGCUGCCGAUCGGGAAGACCACGAAGCAGGGCAAAAGGGGUAUUCUAGAGCGCUUAGAUGCUGGAGAAAUUGUGAUUGGAGAUGGAGGAUUUGUCUUUGCUCUUGAAAAGAGGGGAUAUGUAAAAGCUGGGCCUUGGACUCCUGAAGCAACUGUAGAGCACCCAGAAGCAGUUCGUCAGCUUCACCGGGAAUUCCUCAGAGCUGGAUCCAAUGUUCUACAGACAUUCACCUUUUAUGCCAGUGAGGACAAACUAGAGAACAGGGGCAAUUAUGUAGCUGAGAAAAUAAGUAGCCAGAAAGUGAAUGAAGCUGCUUGUGACAUUGCAAGAGAAGUGGCUACUGAAGGUGAUGCUUUAGUGGCUGGAGGAGUCAGUCAAACACCAUCAUACUUAAGCUGCAAGGAUAAAGCAGAGGUUAAAGCAGUCUUUCGAAAGCAAGUAGAUAUCUUUAUGAAGAAGAAUGUGGACUUCCUAAUUGCAGAGUAUUUUGAACAUGUUGAAGAGGCUGUCUGGGCAGUUGAAGUUCUAAAAGAAUCUGGAAAGCCAGUUGCAGCUACAAUGUGCAUUGGUCCAGAAGGAGACAUGCAUGGUAUUCCACCUGGACAAUGUGCUGUCCAACUGGUGAAGGCUGGUGCUUCUAUUGUUGGAGUCAACUGCCAUUUUGAUCCAGAUACUUGCCUGGAAACCGUAAAAUUGAUGAAAGAGGGCUUGCAGGCAGCUAAACUGAAAGCCCACCUGAUGUCCCAACCGCUUGCUUUCCAAACACCUGACUGUGGAAAGCAGGGUUUUAUUGAUCUUCCAGAAUUUCCCUUUGCUUUGGAGCCAAGAAUUGUAAGCAGAUGGGAUAUUCAAAAUUAUGCAAGAAAGGCCUAUGACUUAGGAAUUCGUUACAUUGGAGGUUGCUGUGGAUUUGAGCCGUAUCAUAUCCGAGCAAUAGCUGAGGAGCUGGCUCCUGAAAGAGGAUUUUUGCCCGAAGCUUCUGAGAAACAUGGUAGCUGGGGCAACAGCCUGAGCAUGCAUACUAAACCCUGGGUCAGAGCAAGGGCAAGAAAAGAAUACUGGGAGAAUCUGAAGCCUGCUUCAGGCAGACCAUAUUGUCCUUCAAUGUCAAAGCCAGAUGGCUGGGGAGUGACUAAAGGAGCCAGGGAGCUGAUGCAACAGAAGGAAGCAACAACUGAACAACAGUUGAAGGAGCUCUUUCAGAAACAGAAGUUUUAAUCCACUGCAUUCUCUGUUAGCUAAUUGCCAUUAAUUGGGUAGACACAGAAAUAUGUGAAAAGUAAUAACUGGCUUAACCCAACUGUGAAAAGAGAAAAAGCCAUCCAUAAAUACAUUUAUCAAUGGACUUCCACUCCAGAGUCUGUUUUCAGUUUAGAGUUAUGUAGGAGCUUCCUCAGACCUCAAGAUUUGUUGAGGACUACUUCAGGGACACACAAGCUGUCAGUGCUUCAGACACACAGUUAUCUGUAGUUGCUUUCCUGAUUUCAAAAGAAUAAAAGUAAACUGGAAAAUACAUCUUAUAUUGGAAUCAAAAAAUAAGGAGAAUGAGAUCUUGCAGGAUUUUCUUAUAUGGAGUAGAAAGGUUCAGAGAACUUUUAAGAAAGAAAAAUUACAGGUAGAUUACUCUGGUUUUGUCUUGAGUUACCAUGUACACAAGAUUUACCCAUCUGGAGACUAAAAGGCUUAAAAAAAUUAUUCUGCAAUUAAAAUAAAUUAAAAUUAAUAUGAUGGAGUAGUAUUGUAUUAUCUUUAUACCUUAAAUCACAAGAGCUCAAACAGAAUAACAUACGUCUAGUAAACAACGAAUUUUCAAAUGAUCGAGUUGAUUUAUGGAUAUUUAAUUGGAAACACUAGGUUAUCACAAAAUAGCACUUAAAAUGAAGUUUCCUAAAUUACAACUCCUGUUAAUAGGAGUAGUAGAAUGUUCCCUGUUUAUUUUUUUAAAGUUGACUCAUUGACUCUAGAAUCUUAGGUCUAAGAUAUGAAAUGGAUCAAUCCACCUGAAUUAAGAAUACCCAUGGACAUUUGUACACUGCACUUGCUGAGAAAGGUUUUCUUAGGAAGGGUAUCACUGCGCUUGGAAGUUAUGACAGCCAAAUUUCCAUAGUUUAUUUUUGUGAAAUACCAUACAACUUAGAUUUCUCUCUAGAAUAUCAUUCCAAACUAUUCUACAUUAAAGCCACUACCUUUAUGAA